AUGGUCAUAGCAGAGAUGAGCAAGGGGGCCGUGCUCGGAGCUGCAGCCGUCUCACGCCGUGGGAAGCGCCGGAGAACAAUCAGAGGUUGUGCUAACUCGGUUCCUUUCGACCCAGCCAUGGAUUUUGUUUUCGAGAGGCAGCUCCCCACCAGCAGCGCCCAGCCGGGCUCUCCGCAGAUGGUGUCGGGAGGUAGCGAGCACCAGUGCAGAGCUGACUGCCCCGGCAGCUGCCUGCGGUGGCCGAGGGCGGCGGCGCCGGUCUUGGCGGCGAGCCGAGAACAGCUGCAGGCGUUCCGCGAGUACGGGGAGAGUUGGUACCUCUCCGUCAAGGAGCUGGAGAGCCGCUUCCCGCCACGAGAGCCGCUCGCCCAGCAGCCGCAGGUGACGGCGAAGAGGCGCUGCAAGCUGGUCGGCUGGCUCCGCCUCCUGAACGAGUACUUGAGCCUCUCUUUCGAGACCUUCUGCCAAGCCAUCAACAUCCUCGACCGCUUCCUCGUCACCACUCCCGUUGCCACUGACUGCUUCCAGCUUCUGGGGCUGACUGCGCUGUUCAUUGCUAGCAAACAGGUGGAGGUGCAGCCUCCCACGAUGGAGGAGCUCCUCGCCCACUGCAGCGGCGCGUUCAGCCGCCAGCAGCUCCGCAAUUUAGAGUGUAUCGUCCUACGCCGCCUGAACUUCGACCUGGCGGCGCCCACCCUCAGCUUCUUUCUGGAGUACUUCAACCUAGUGCGGCUGGAGGCUCCGCGGGCUGACGCCCGGGAGGCGGCGGAUGCCUGGAGCCUAGCCGUGGGGAUCGCGGGGCUCAGCCUGGCCGACUACGCCUUCAUCGAUUACGCGCCUUCCCUUCUGGCUGAGGGCAGCCUGGGGCUGGCGGACCGGCUGCUGCAGCACCGCAGACCUGCGAACCUGGAGGUCAGCGGCUACCCGGAGGAGCUCCUGCAGGACUGCAUGGCCCAGCUGCAUCUCCUGGUGUCACUAAACGAAGACUCUCUGUCCGCUCUCCUGCCCUGGGAGGUGGCUCGGAAGUGCUCCUGGCGGCACGGCAGCCGCUGA